CCUUCCCUGCCCCUCCUAUUCCUCCCAGGCCUCGUAGCUCUGCGAGCUACCACCACGACCGGACACAGUGCUCGCAAGCCGUGCCACCGCCAGUCCCGCCUCUCCCUCCAGGAUUCCAACCCCACGAAGAAGACAUUCGUCGCCCACACUCCGCUGGUCCGAUGCAAGUGCCCGCACCACAGCAACGUAACAUGAUUCAUCCUUCACACAUGAUGCACGGUUUCAACCCUCAGGCUGUUUCGUACAAUGGGGUGGCACGUUUCGCGUCUCCGGCGCCGGUGCCUCUUCCUCAAAUGCAGCACCAGCAAGGAAUGAUCAAUGCUGUCCCUAGAUUCAUGGGCCCCUCUGGACCGAUUCCAUUUCGUGGUACAUCUCCGGCUCCUUCGUACUCGCCGUUUCCACCUCCGCCGUCCGUGCCCGGUGGUGCUACAUGGCAUAGAGAACCGUCUGCCGAUGUCAGCUUUGUUACUUCAUUGAUGGCGACCACUUCUUUGGUUGGUAAUUCUUUACCAAGGGCACAGAGUGUGCAUGGCGUUAUCGAAUAUUCUCCACCUCGUCCACCUCUUCCGCCGUCAACGUCCCCAAAUGGACGUCGUUUCGCAGCUCCUCUUCCGACUAUCACUACUCUUCAAAAUGCUCUGUCAUCGGUUCAGUCUCCAGCUACAGAUGAUGCAAGUCGUGUUGCCUGGAUUCGGGAUGUUCUCUUUCUUGUAAAGAGAGACUGUGUGAGAGAUUCUCCAGUUUUGUCCUCAGGGCUAUUUCUGGCGUCAAACUCCUUUCCAACCGGGAGUAUCCAGAUCAGCGAUCCCGCAUUGCGGCAUCUUGCAGAAAGCGCCGUGGCAUUACUCAUUGCUCUUAUGCCGACAUUACCCGCUCGUGACGAGAAUUUGACGCUUCCCCUUGCCGAAGCACUCUACAUUCGUGCUGAAUUAACAGCGUCAGGCGCGUUUCCGAAUUUGAUACCGGCUUCACCGAGAAACGCAUUCAGGGAGUUUGAAGCUGCGGCUCGCUCAGGCUUUUCACAUGCGUGGUUCCGGCUAGGACGAGAUUACGAGGGAUUUGACGACAUUGCUCAUGCUCGGCAAUGUUUCGAGAAGGGCGUCGAUGGCGGAGAUGUUGGAUGCGUCUAUCGAAUGGGUAUGGCGCGCUUACUUGGACAGCUCAACUUCCCCACAAACAUUGUAGAGGGGGUAGAACAAGCCACACAACUUCUUCACCGGGCAGCGGCGUCGGCAACAAUCGAGUUCCCUUAUCCUCCAUAUGUCUUUGCGCUCUUUCUACUUGACGAAUUUGAACAUGUCUCUAUCCCUUCCUAUAUCCUGGCCAAAUAUAUUCCCGCGGGUUCAACUCCGCCACUCGAAGCACGCCGACAUCUCGAACAUGCUGCAUUUCUACACUAUACACCUGCUCAGCAACGGAUAGGUCGCGCAUACGAAUUCGCAGAGACGCCUUUUCCAUUUGAUCCCAUCCUGAGCGUUGAAUACUAUUCUCUCGCUAGCGCUGGCGGUGACGCACAAGCAGAUCUCGGUCUAUCAAAAUGGUAUUUGUGCGGAGCAGAAGGUGCAUUCAAUAAAGACGAACUGCGUGCACGUGAAUGUGCCGAGCGUGGAGCUUCGCGAGGUCUUCCGGCAGCGAAGUUUGCUAUGGGUUAUUACUGUGAGGUUGGCAUAGGUGGACCGCAGGACAUUCAGCAGGCGCGACGAUGGUACACUGAGGCUGCAGAGAUUGGGGAAGCAGAAGCAGAGGGUCGAUUGAAAGCACUCUCGGAUACUUCGAUGCCGCUUUCGCGAGAAGAUCACAAUGCUCUUGCAGAAACAAAACUUGUGCGUAAGCGAACGCAGGCACGCAUUCGGUCUGAUGCUACUACUGGAAGGGAUGGUAACCUAUCAUCCCAGGCAGUUGUACAUCGUCAGCCUGAUUACGUCGUUCCCCAGCGGCGGCAAGCCUCUCUUCCAGCCCCCAUGCCUUCUAACGGUCAAUAUAGUCCAGGAGUGCAACCUGCACUCCAACAGCCGCUCCCAAGACAUGCUACUAGUCUGCCUCCUCAAAUUCCACUGAAUGUUGUUGGAUAUGAACAGUCCCAAUUCGCACCAGGUCAGGGCCAGCAGUUUUCCGAUCGACCGCGAUAUUCGCUGGUGGAUCCCGGAGUUGCCCAAUCCAUUGGAAACGCACCAGCACCCUUUGCUGGUAUGCGACGCGUUGCGUCAAAUGGACCUCCUGCGCGCCGGCAAUAUACCGGUUCAUCAACAACUUCACGCCCUCCACAUACGUCAUCUCACGAGGCUGUGUCGGCGCUUCCUUCUGAAGCCGACUUCUCAGUAAACACCGCUCCAAGUACGGGUGCUAGGAAAUACACGACUUUUGCAGAAAUGGGGAUUGAAGGAAAACGGGCGGAGGAUAAAGAAUGUGUGAUUAUGUAAGUCCGUAUCGUGAGGAACAUUGUUUCAUCUGGAUGGCUCUUGGACCCUUUAUUUUUUGCUGGUUCCUAUACUCUCUGAACGCAUCCGUUUUGCAUCGACGUUUUGUUAUCGGCUUUCCUGGGUAUUGCGCGUGUUUCGUUGCAUUUUGGUAGGGUGUAGUUGAUCACGCUCCUCAUUUUCCAAUAUUUAUUCCUCAUCACUUCAUAUUUCAAAAUUUAUCAUCGUCAACGCAUCAUCGUACUUUCCCGUGAUCUGCU